CAGCCUGUCCCUUGGAAACUUUUGCACCAAGGGUUCCAGGUCAUUUCGUGGCGGCGCUCUUCAACCUUCUUGCGCCGGUUCAACCACCAAACGGUGUUCUCUCUUUGUUUCUAACUUUGGUCAGUUUCCUCAUGGAGUAGCGCAAUCAUGAAAUUCUCUGCUCUUUCCCUAGGCCUGUUGGCCCUCCUAACGCCGCUGAGUGCGGCAUGGACCAAAGAAGAUCGCGAAAUCUUCCGUGUCCGCGAUGAACUCCUUGCGCAUGAAGGUCCCGAAGUGACUUUUUACGAUUUUCUUGGUGUCAAGAAGGGCGCAAGCCACGAGGACAUCAACAAAGCCUACAAGAAGAAGUCAAGAGAGCUCCAUCCCGACAAAGUCAGACAGCAGCUCCAGGCCCAGCGCAUCAAGGCCAACAAGGAGAACGCCAAGAAGUCGGGAGGUAAGCCCGGUGUGCAUGUGACGAAGCAGCCUACCUCUCAUGAGCUCAAGGUUGCCAUCAAGCGCGCCUCAGAGCGCCAGGCUCGUCUUUCCAUCGUUGCCGAUGUCCUCCGCGGCCCUGGGCGUGACCGAUAUGACUACUUCCUCACCAAUGGCUUCCCUACCUGGAAGGGCACCGAGUACUACUACAACCGCUAUCGCCCCGGCCUUGGCACUGCUAUCUUCGGCGUCUUCCUCGUCGCCGGUGGUGGCGCGCAUUAUCUCGCCCUUUACAUGAGCUGGAAGCGCCAACGCGAGUUUGUGGAGCGCUAUAUCACGUUUGCGCGCCGUGCUGCUUGGGGCGACAACCUUGGCCUCAACAUUCCUGGCGUUGAUGGCGAGCCUGCCGCCGCUCCCCCCCCUCCCCCUCCUCAACAGGUGUACGAAGACGAAGACGGUCGCCAGAUUCCCAUCAACCGCAAGAUGCGUCGCAUGCAAGAGCGCGAGACAAAGAAGGAGGCCAAGGAUAAGAGCGCCGGGCGCAAGACCCGCCGUGGACGUGACACCAAGCCCGCCUCGGCCUCUGCUUCCGGAUCAGCGACUCCCCAGCCGCAGCCCGAGGGACAGGGUCCCACUGGAGUCAAAAGGCGUGUCGUUGCGGAGAAUGGCAAGGUUCUCGUUGUUGACUCGGUGGGCGCCGUCUUCCUGGAACAGGAGGAUGAGGAUGGCAAUGUGGGCGAGUACCUUUUGGACCCCAAUGAGAUCGCCAAACCUACCUUCAAGGACACCGCCGUGGUUCGCCUGCCUUUCUGGGUUUAUGAUCUGACCAUCGGACGCGUGUUUAAGAAGCGCACUGCGGAUGACGAGUUUGAGGAAGAGAUCGACGAGCCCACCGAGACCGAGGUCGUCAAUGACGACGAGGAUUCUGAGCCCGGAAGACUCACUCCCUCCACCGGCUCUGCCGAGGAUUUUGAGCUUCUCGAGAAGUCGGUCGACUCUCUGGGUCAGGCUAAGGCAAGCGGUACCCAGAAGGCGGGCGGCAACAAGGCGAGCAAGCGCAAGAACAAGAAGAGGUGAUCGUGGAUUUUUUUUUGCGGAGGGUAUAUUGCUUUACAAGCGGUAGAGUUUUCGAGCAAUACGUGGCUUUGACGUUGCGGUUAGGUUAGGUGUUCUUCGGUGGUUGAUUUAAAAAGGAGGAAGAAAAAAGGAGGCCAAAUCUUCUCUCGGUAUAUGGGACGAUGUUAUAUGACAACGAGCCCCGGAUUUC